AUGCCAUAUGGAGUGAAGUAUGCCGUCGACCUCCGUCGACAACGAUGUGACUGCGGUGAGUUCCAAGUGGACCGAAUUUUUUGUAGACAUGUCUUUGCAUGUUGUGCAAAUCAACGACUAGAUUGGCAUGUUUAUGUUCAUGAGGUGUAUAAGAUGGACCAAGUUCGACAGGUUUACCGAGCCAUGUUUAGGCCAUUGGGGAACCCUACUACAUGGCUUGCUUACAACGGGUCUCGAUUCGUACCGAAUCUGUACCUGAGACGAGUAACUAAAGGUCAUCCAAGGAUGACGCGCUUCUUGAAUGAGAUGGACACGCGAAUGUUAUGUCGUCCUAGGAUAUGUAGGCAAUGUGGGGUUGAGGGACACAGCCAUAGUAGAUGUCGUCAGGCAGGUGGUGCAAGUGCCGGCAAUAAUGCUCAGUAG